UUGCAGUAAGGAGCGCACGAAUGUCGCAAUUGAUCUUCAUCAUCUCUCUCCUUCACAAAUGAGCAGUCUUUUCCUCAUCCAUGGCAGCUGAAACCUUCUCCUCAACCCUUUCAGUUCUCUGUAACCCUUCAAACAAAAUUUCAUCUGGCCCCCACUAACAUGCGACAUCAUCUGAUCUCCUUGACCACUUCCAUGGCUCCAUCCAUCUCUCCCCACCAUAGGAGACACUCAAACCCUAGUUCCAAUUCCAUCGGUAAUUGCUCCCAUUCUCUCUGCAAGCAUUCACCUUCAGCGACUCUCGACAUUCUAAUCUUAAUUCUCGUCCUCUUCUCCGGUACAUUCUUGAUCACCUCCUACUUCACUUACAUAUUCCAGUCUCUAUCUCUCAUCCUACCCCCUUUCUCGGUCGUCCUUUAUCACUGUGGAGACCUUUUCCAUGAGUAUCCCGUUGUGUAUCUUAUUGGAUUCGUCUCUUUUUUCGUUUUCGCUCUUCUUUCGUUCGAGAUCUGUUGUGGGUAUCGCUCGAGGAAGUGUGGGAAGAAGAGAUGUAAAGGGUUGAAGAAGGCGAUGGAGUUUGAUUUGCAGCUGCAGACGGAGGAGUGUUUGAGAUCGGGUUCAAAGGCGGUUAGAGAGAUUGAUGGCUUACCUUGGAAAGGUGGGAACGAGACGAAUCCAGAUUAUGAAUGCUUGAGAGCUGAGUUGAGGAAGAUGGCUCCACCAAAUGGCCGAGCUGUGCUGUUGUUCAGAGCUAAGUGCGGCUGCCCUGUUGCUAAGCUUGAAGGAUGGGGUGCAAAGCGUGGUGGUGGUGGUCGACGGUCAAAGAAGAGUCUUAACAGUUAAAAAUGGAGGGGAAGGAGCAGUGAAUAAUAAUAGCUGAUGCUGGUGAUGGUGAUGGCUUUCUUCCAACACACAUCUUAAUUAUGUCUUCUUCUCUCUUUUGAUUGCCUUUCAAACUUUGAACUUUCGUACCUCUUGGACAUUACUUGUACAUCUUCGUUAGAACACAACACAACAGAACAUAAUGUUUUUUUUUUCCUUUCUACAAAAGAGGUAAGUAUGUGAGAAGAGGAUAAAGUGGGCAUUGAACCAACACCACCAAAUAAACAGAUAAAAAAUACAAUUUGCUUUCACAGUUAUCCUUUCAUUUUGUUGAAUGGGUUAUUAUAUAAUUGACCAGUUUUGUUUCA